AUGGGCCCCGGGGAAGGACUGUUUCGGAGGAGAAGGACCCGCCUUGAACCCGGCUGGGAGCAUCGGUGGACGGAUACGCCGUACCGAACAAAGACAAAGGCCCCUGCUCCUGCUCCUCGGCCCGACCGGCCCGUCCAGGUCCAUCAACAGCCUCCGCCCACAGCAGAGAGUCCGCUGCCCGCACUUCCGCCUCUGAUAUCCACCCCAAGCAACCCGACAGGUUUCCAAGGCGGUUCCCGGUGGACUUGGUCCCCUUGGUCGCCCCCUGGACUGAGCUUCUUAUCAUCGCCAGAAUCCCCUGAGACAUCAGGAUCUUCCAGCACGCUCACUACACGGUUGGGACCAAAAGGCAAUCUGAACAACGCCAUUAUCAUGGCCCCCCUGACAGCGUACUGGCUGCCAGAGGUCCUGAUUCAGCGCACCUGGAGACAAGAUGAGAUUAAAGACAUUGCUAAAGACUUGCCCGACCCAACUAAGGAUGCAGUUCAGUUCAGCGAGCAGAUGACCCGUCUUGUGCGUCAAUACAAACCCUCUGCCGCUGAAAUACGGCACAUUAUGCGAUGCAAAUUAAAGCUUCGCUGGGAGGACAUCGAAGAUACUUUUGACGAAAAUCUGACGUGGAAACCGGCAGGGGAUGGAGAAUAUCAACCGCAGUUUGAACAGUUGCUGGACAGAUUGAAAUGACAAUACCCUGCUAAGACCGAUUGGGAUGCUAUACAUAGAGCACACAGCACUCCAAAGAGUCUCUAGAGGAAUAUAGACAAAGAUUGGAGACGUGCUUUCGCAAACACAGCGGACUCCGACCAGGCACCGAUGAAUACAACAGUCUUUUAAAAGCAGCCAUAAUAAACUGACUCGUACCUGCCCUGAAUAAACAGGUAAGGAUGACAUGCAUUGGAUGGGAGACGGCUCCCCUCAUUACAUUGCAAGCACGCUGAAAGACAACAACAGAAGCAAGAGAGCAAUCAAAAGACAAAAGCUGAAAAAGAAGGAGUUAAAUUGCAAGCAGCUCAGCUGGCUUAUUAUCAGGGCAAAGGACCAACCCGAGGCGGAUACCAACGCGGACGGGGCGGACAUGGGACGGGGGGUAGGGGGAAGCGGAGGCGGUGGCAACAGAAACUUCCACAACCAGGAUAAAGACACUAGUUGCUAUAAUUGUGGCCAGGAAGGACAUUUUGCUAGAGAGUGUCAGAGACAGCAGCAGCAACAACAACAAACCAACGAGAGUAACUGGCAGAGCGCUCCCCCACCGCAAGUAUCACUAUACAAACCGAAACCAGAAUGAAACGAGGCAGGGACAGCUGACACCAAAACAGCGAACAAGCAGUACGUGCUAACUUUUUCUAAACCACAAGAAGCCCCCACCGUUGAUCACUUCGUGAAUGGUGAGUCAUUUGAAUUCUUAAUUGAUACUAGUGCUGCAAUGUUUGUCAUAAAUGCUAGAACUAUGCAUAACCCAAUGAUAUCAAAUGAAUCAGUAAAAACAGUGGGAGCCUCGGGAGUAGUAUUGAUGGAGAAAAUGAUGAUGCCUUUACCCGUACAAUAUGAAGGGAAAAUGUUUAUGCAUCGGUUUAUUUUCUCAGAAUGCUGCCCUUGCAACCUAGCGGGACGAGAUCUACUAUGUAAAUUCAAUUGUGAAAUGAAAUGUGAACAAAGCAGAGUUACCGUCUCGUGUCCCUUGGUGAUGGCCCAAAUGAUUGAGACCCGUAGUUGGUUCUAUUCAUGGGAUAUACAAAACGGAGGUGAAUAAAUUGAGGAAUUAUUUAAAUUGGCUCGACAACAUUGGGGUCAUGAAACUGGGUUUAUAUCACCUUAUGCCUUACAUUGCACUGCCCUGUACUCACCUUUAUCAAGAGAUUAUGAAUUUGAGAGAGAGUGGUUAGCACAACCUCCAUCUAACGAAACAAUCACGUGCAGCGCCUUGUAUAUCGGUUUACGCUUUUGUGUUGCAGCCAUUAAACUAAAUAGCGAUCAGUUUUUACUUUACCACACAACUGACUCUGUGCCACAUAUAAGCAUAGCAAAAACCGAUGAUGUAGAGUGGAAAGAUACUGGUGUCUGGCUUAAUUCUGUGUUGCAGGUGACUGACUGGCAAAGUGAAGAUGGGUUCAAAUUCUCCCCCAGUGCUCGCGCUGUUUGCGCUCCUUUCUUUUGGGUCACGCCUGUCCAACGGGGAAUCCAUGGGGCAGAGAACCGAGAUGCGCCCCUUGAGGAGGCACUGGGAGGCACGUUUUCACCCUUGCUGAUCGGCCUCCCCGAUUCUCUAUGGGCAAAAGAUAAGUAUGAUAUUGGCCUUAUGAAAGGGGCAGAGCCCCUAACAGUCACACCAAAAAGCACACACCGGCCUAGCUGCGCCCAGUAUCCUCUCAGCAAGGAAGCACAGGAAGGCAUUGCUCCUGUGCAUGCAUCUUUGGUCUCUAAAGGAGCUAUCGUGCCCUGCCCAGACUCGCCUUGCAGCACCCCGAUUCUCCCGGUCCGCAAAGCCUCGGGAGAAUGGCGAUUUGUCCAAGACCUCAGGUUAGUAAAUGACGCGAUACAUGCAAGGGCCCCUAUUGUGCCAAACCCAGUUACUGUUUUGUCAGCUGUUCCCCCUGGUGGAAGCAAACUCAUCCAGUAUGUGGAUGAUUUGCUUUUAUGUUCUGAAACUCAGCACGCGUGCGAAACUGAUACAAGAGCUCUUUUAGAGUACCUAGCUUGUAAUGGCCAUAAGGUAUAAAAAAAAAAAGCUGCAGCUCGUGUCACCAUCUGUAAAAUACUUGGGACACGAUAUUACACCGGAAGGCAGGAAAUUGGGCCUGGAGCAUGUCACUGCAAUUCUGACACUGCCCCAGCCUGCCACAAAAAAAAAAAAAAAACACAUGAUGACGUUGCUAGG